UCCUGUCUUGAAGGUAGCGUUUGCCAGAAUUGAGGGCGACAAGAUAGUGUGCGCCGCAUACUCUCACGAGCUCCCGAGAUAUGGUGUGAAAGUCGGGCUGACCAACUACGCAGCAGCUUACUGUACUGGCCUCCUCCUCACUCGCCGGCUGCUGCAGAAAUUUGGCUUGGAUAAAAUCUACCAAGGAGAGGUGGAGGUGACCGGCGGAGAGUUCAACAUGGAGAGUAUCUCGGGGAAGCCGGCUGUGUUCACCUGUUUUCUGGAUGCUGGCCUGACCCGUACCACCACUGGCAACAAGGUGUUUGGAGCCAUGAAGGGCGCAGCUGAUGGCGGCCUCUCCAUCCCCCAUAGCACCAAGAGGUUCCCCGGUUACGACUCUGAGAGCAAAGAUUUCAAUGCUGACGUACAUCGCCGGCACAUCUUUGGCCUGAAUGUUGCCGACUACAUGAGGCAGCUGAUGGAGGAGGAUGAGGACACAUACAAGAAGCAGUUCUCCCAGUACAUCAAGAAUGGCAUCACCCCUGACAUGGUGGAGGACAUGUACAAAACAGCUCACCGAGAGAUCCGGGCCAACCCCACGCAUGAGAAGAAACCCAAGAAGGAAGUUGUGAAACAGAAACGGUGGAACCGAAGGAAGUUGUCCUUGGCUCAGAGGAAGGACCGUGUUGCCCAACGGAAAGCCAGUUUCCUUCGGGCACAGUCAGCAGGUGGUGAUUGACUAACCCAGGCCAGCACUCCAUCAGUGUGGAACAACCAGCUGAACAAAUAAAGGGAUUUUUAAACAAAAAA